AUGGCCCCCCACCGCAUCCAUGUCGCCGUGCUGGACACCGACGUGCCCUGCCUUUCUGUAUACGCUAAGCGCGGUCUCUACAGUUCCCAGUUCCGCGUGCUGCUCCAGUCCGCCGCGAAGCGCAUCAAUGACAAUCCAAAUCUCACUCUGCAAAACGGCCCGUUAGCGGUGCACGUUACGGCCUUCGAUGCUGUGGGCGGCUCAUUGCCAGCGCUUGAGUCCCUUCGUGCGAGCCCUCGCAUGCCGACAGAGCAUCAUGCCGGCGGUCCUUUUGGCGCGAUCGACGCGAUCUUGAUCACUGGGUCGGCAUGCUCGGCAUAUGACCCGUACCCAUGGAUCGCGGAACUCCAGUCGUUCAUUCAAACGGUGCAUGCGAACUAUCCCCUAGUGAAGAUGUUUGGUUCUUGCUUCGGCCAUCAGAUCAUCGCGCAGGCUUUACUCUCCACCCCUGCAAACGGGUCAUCCGCCAGCAACACGUUUCAUGUUGUGCGAGCCGCAACCGGUUUCGAGAUGGGCAUCCAGCCCAUCACCUUGAACCCGUCUUUCACAGCACACUUCCAGCCUCUAGCCUGUGCGUCGUCUCAGAACCCCUUCCGCAUCCAGUUGAUCCACGGUGACCAAGUCCUGCCCGCCCCGGGCUCCACAGCCGCAGUCGCAUCAGCAGCUGGGCCGACUGUCGUCUCCCUGCCUUCGCCAUGGAUCAACAUGGGCAGCAGCACAGACUGCCCAAUUCAGGGGCUCUACAACCCCGGCCGAAUCCUGACGUACCAGGGCCACUUCGAGUUCGACGCGUUUGUGAACAGCGAGCUGUGCCAGGCAUUCGGGCGGCGCAUGAACUGGCCCGCGGCCCUGGUCGCCGCGUACAUGGAGCAGAUCAAUCGUGCGCUAGUUCCGGGCCAGCAAGACAAUGACGACUCCAAGGCUGCUGCGGAGACGGUACUGCUUUUCUUCGCGGGUGAAGACCAGCCUGGUAAGGUGGAUGGCGAGCCUGUGGCUAAUGGGAUGAUCACGCCUCCGCUGGAGGAGCUUGCCGGGUGA